UUGAUUUGUUUUCAAUGUCUUCACGUGUUCCUAUCCAAACAUUUAGUUAUUAAGUGUUCAGAAAUAUGGAUGAAACUGAAGUAAAAUCAAGACAUAUUGACAAGAAUAUUUUAGAUUUAUUCUGGAGCUUGUCAAAUAAAAAACCUGAAGUGAGAGUUAAAGCAUGUGCAAAUAUUUUUCGCAUAUUGCUAAAAAAACAAAAUGAGGUGGAUGAUAAAACUGAAUUAUGCAGUGAUUUGAAGUAUAGCCUGGAGAGACUGGUAAAAGGUCUUGCUUCACCUAGAGAAGCUGCUAGAUUAGGUUACACUCUUCUGUUAACCGAGGUUUUACGAGAGUUUGAUGUUGUUGAAGUGGAGCAAAUUUUAGAUUUCAUUAAACAGUAUCUUCCUUUGUCUGGAAAAUUGGAAAAAAAAGAUGCAACUUUUGGGCAGCUAUUUGCGUUUACAGCUAUUAUAAGGUCCGAAAGAAUUAUCAACCAUAGUCACCUGUCAUUUGUUUUUCUAUCUCUGUUUGAUUUAAGUGUUGGAAAACACUACAUUUCAAAUGUUUGCUAUGAAGUUUCCAAAACAUUGUAUUCCCAGCUUUCACCAGAGAAGUUUAAAGAAGCCCUGUGGCCACUUCUUAAGCAGAAAUUAUCCUGUGGUUGGGAACAAUGCUCAAUGGAUGUCUUAUGGCUUUUAUUACUGUCCCACCGAUUUUUUAUGGGUACUGUCAAUUCAAAAUAUUUGAAGAAGCAUUGGGGAGGUGAAGAUUUAUUUUCAUCAGACAAUUUUCCACAUCAUAAAAGAUUAAUCAAGCAAACAACUGUGUCCUUACCAGUCUUGCAUCCAUUAUGUCUUGAAUUUUUGGAAAUCGUGAAGGAAAGAAAUGAUAUGAAAGAAAUCUGGAAUGCUGUUAUUGAUGAAAAUCUUUUUGAUGAACUGAAUGAAAAAGCAGUUAUUGGAUUUGAAAUGAUAAAAAAAGUUGUGCCAGAAAUAAAAAAGAAGAAAAAGGUGAAAAGUAUACUUUCUCAAAAGUUUGCUUCAACUUUUAUUCGAGGCUACAUAAAUCCUAAACAUGCUUUAAAUGCAGCUGCUACUUCCUUGGCAGAAUUCUUCUCUACAUUUGUUAAAACUGAUGCCACCUCAGAAGUACAGAUCAUUAUUUUAAAAGUGUUUCUACAGUUACCUGGUAAUGGACUGUUGGAUCAAAUAUUGAAGAAAAAAGAAGUUUCUGCAAUUAUUCAGAAUCUUUCAUCUGACGCCAUCAAAGCUUUCUGUGAAAUACUGAAACUUAUCGCAUUACAAAGUAAAUUAAAUAAUGAAGAAGAACUUGAAGAAAAUGAAAACUGUCUUAAGAGUAUUCAAGCUGUAAAUCAAAUCGGGAAUCUGACUUCACAUCCUGUUAUAAUAGCUGACAUUGAAUGGAGGUUGAACAUGAUUAAAUUUUUGUUUUUACAUUCAUUUUUUACUGUUAAAGAACCUACUUCUGAAAUUGCUCAUUGUGAUACAGUGAUCAAUCUUACGAGUCCUAUGCAAAAAGUGUUCAUGAAUACUUUCUACAGAGCUCUGGAUUCCCUCCAUCAUCGGACUGAAAAUCAGUCUGCUCCAUUUGAGAUGUUUAUACAGCAAUUAGUUUUACUUUCUGACUAUGCUGAUCAACUUUUAUCUGCAGAUGAAUAUGUUACUCCAAUUUUUUCAGUGCAAAAAAUAGAAGACUCCUGGAAAAUUGCCAAGUCAAUGGUUCAUAAGUUAACCAAGCAGGGUAAGAAGGAUGGCAAGUUGGAUGAAAGUAAUGCUUUCCAAAGCUUGUUUCUACAGCUGAGCUUUCUGCUGUUUAAUGAGGACGAAAAUACUACUGGUAUUCUUGAGGAAUUACACAUAUGUUGUAAAAAGGCUUUAAGUAUUCGUAAGCAUGGAGAAACUUCAGAAGAUGAGGAAAAUGAACCUCCUUGGGUAGCUGUGGUGAUUGAUAUUUUGUUGUCACUUUUAUCCAAGUCUUCUCAUCAUUUACGCUGUUUAGUCAGCUCUGUCUUUCCUUUAUUUUGUCCAUUUGUCACAGCAGAAGCACUGCAACAAAUUCUUGAUGUCAUACAUCAAGAAAAGUCUGAUGAAUCUAUUCUUGUUGAGGAAUCUGAUGAAGAUGAAAAGGAUUUAGACUUCAAUUCAGGAAGUAGCAGUGAGGAUGAUGAUGAUAAAGCUUCAAAUGAUGCUGAAGCUGUGGAUGAGGAAUUUAGAAAAAAAGUUAAAGAAGCAUUAGGUGCUGCUGCAGAAAUUAGUGAUGCAGACUCUGUAGUAUUGUCUGAUUCUGAAAUGUUCAAAGUUGAUGAUGCUCUUUCAAAGGCAUUUAAAGCUCGAGCAAAGUCUGGACAUACUAAAUUAAACGAGGAAGACAAAACACUACUACAUUUUAGAAUUAGAUGUUUAGAUCUCAUCACUGCAUUUCUGAAAUCUGAACCGCCGAUGCAGCUUGUGCUGCAAUGCAUCGAACCUUUAGUAGCUGCAUUUGAGCAUGGCCAUCGCGGCAAGCAUCAGAAGCAUCUUCUUUACAAGACUGUAUCAGCUAUACAGGUUAUGACUGCUGUUAAGAAAUAUAAAAGUCUUGAUGAAGUUCAGAAGUCUGAGUUAAAAAGAAUAUUAGAAAUUUUAGUUGCAAAAAGUUGCAAAGAAGUGGACAUGACAGUAGCAAAUAAAUUGUAUUCACUCUGCAUUUUUGUGGUGCUAUGCUUCCGAAAACUACAAUCAAAGUCAAGUCCUGAAAAAAAGGCUUCUAAGCUACCUACUUACAUGAAGAUAUAUUUGUCAGCUUUAGAUGCAUUUGUUAAAGAAAGUAAAAAUAAUCUGUACCCUCAGUUUUUCACAUCACUUAUGGAAGCAUGUCCUGACUUAGCCUGGGAUUUUGUGGAACCAUGUAAAAAUUAUGCUUUUGCUGAUAGUACACGAAUGUAUAAGAAAACCCAGUGUCUUGGUUUGAUAUUUGAAGCCAUGAAAUAUUCUAAAGCUCAGCAAAGUAUAUCUACUGAAAAAUGGCUGCAGUUUGGGAAAGAACUUAUUCCGCUAUCUGUCGAGAAUCUGAAAACUGGAUUAAGUAAUGACACUGUAAAGCCACUGUAUUUGACAGAAUUGUUGAAUGUGAUUUAUUCAGUUCAUACCCUUGUUAAAGAAAAAACAAAUCAGCUACUGUUAAAACCCUAUGCAGAGUUGGUUCCUCUUCUAAGUAAUAUGAAGAAAAAAGAUGUAAAAAGAAUAGCUAAAAAAGGAAAACUUCUUCGAAAUCAAAUUAUUCUUUGCCUUGGAGGGAGCAUUAAGAAAGAGGCAAUACCUGCUGAUGAAGACACUGGUAAAGUUGUAAAUAGUGAGGAAGAAGAAAAAGCCGCAUCUCCUGACAAGGUGCAAUUUGUGAAUGAACUUGAUUCUUCGAAAAAAAAGAAAUCAAAAUCACCAAAGAAAAAAAAGAAAAUAAAGUUAGAAAAUACAAAUUAGUAAAUUAUACUGUAAAUAAGGUUGUUUCAAUUGUAAAAUGAAUUCUGUAAUAAAUAUUUUAUAAAUAAACUCCAGCAUGC